CGGGCCUCUGCGAUGAUAGUGCUGGUGUCAGCAAUGAGCCUAUCGAUGGUCCGACCCAGCCUCUCCGCCUCAAUGCGGAUGUCUAUCAUCUGCUGCCGGUCCUUCAGGCUUCUGGCUAAAAAACGGCUGUCUACUGUUACCCAUGGGAGACGGUGAUCAAGGCUGCCAUGAGGAAGUACCCAAACCCCAUGAACCCUAACGUGGUCGGGGUGGACGUGUUGGAUCGCAGUCUGGAUAAAGAAGGACGCCUGCACAGCCACAGACUUCUCAGCACAGAGUGGGGCCUCCCGGCCAUUGUGCGAGCAAUAUUAGGAACCAACCACACGCAGACAUAUGUGAAGGAACACUCCAUCGUGGAUCCAGAGGAGAAAAAGAUGGAGCUGUGCUCAACAAAUAUUACUCUCACCAACCUGAUUUCAGUGGAUGAGCGGCUUCUUUACAGACCACACCCAGACAACCCUGAGGUUACCGUCCUGACCCAGGAGGCCAUCAUCACAGUCAAGGGAGUGAGUCUAAGCAGUUAUCUGGAGGGCAUGAUGGCUAGGAGAAUGUCAGCUAACGCCAGGAAGGACUGCAGCUCCACAGUGAGGCCUACUUUCCCCACUACACCUCAUAAACCAACGGGGAUUCUCAGCAUCUUGGGAUCCUCUGCAGUUGGUACCUUUACCGUCUUGCACAGGAAGCUCAGACAAAUGCUGCCAAAGCCCAAAGGUUACAGAGCUGGAUUUAAGAGUUGUGGGUCCAAGUCUGGUUUGUGUGGCUCGAUGCUAACUCAGUACUCAAUAACCCAUUAACAGCUAUUCUAAUCAAGGGUUAGGGUUAACCCUAACCCUUAGGCAAGUGAGGAGAACAGGACAGUUUCCCUCCAUGAGUUCAAGGGUGCUGCUGUCAACAUCAUGAGCCCUCCAGACUUUACUGGUUUGCUGAUAAUAUUACUACUCCACAUUUCCUUUGCUCUCAUGUCAUAUCUUAGCGUACUAUGGAAGAGAUGCAGAGGAAGGAUGCAGGAGGUACAGGCGCACAAUACUUUAGAAAACAACGUAUGGUACAAUGACAAUAUGCAAUGAGCUUCAUAACUUGUAUUCCAUGUAAGUCUUCUGUAAUGUCAAUCACUGGUGACUCCUAUAACAGGAGUUGGAAUCUGAAAGUCUUUUAUUGGUGCUUAUUAUGUGUUUCAAGAGGCACAAACUGUAGAUGAUACAUUUGCAUGGUAGUAGUUUUUUUUUUUUUUUUUUUUUUUUUAAAAAAAGGGGGUGGGAGUAAUAAAGACAAAGUUGUAGUAGCUAGUUAGCUAGCUAUAAAUGUGUGAAUGCAGCUUUAGAUAGAUAGUAAUUCAAAGAAAAUAUAUUGUUUAUCUUAGAGAAAAAAAGAUGGGAACGUACCAUUAACAUUGCCUUCUUUUAAUGCUGUCAAAGCAACAAUACAACGGCACCUUUUUGAUGUAAAAAAUGACUGGCUGUAUUGCCUUAAACCAGCAUGUUGAGCUUUUGUGAUCAGAAUCAUCAAAAGAUAGAUUGACUCUCUUUUCAUAUGGCCUUAAAGUGAUGCCUGCGUAUUAUUACUUUGGCAGCUGAGUCAUUCAUGCCUUUGCCAGCCACACACAUGAUGCUUCCAAAUGUUCCGAACUACUCUGUAAAAAGCUACCUACACACCCUGAGGAGCAGGGCAGUACUGUAUGUGCAAUGCUGCAGUGGGAGAUGUGCACAAUUACAAAGAUUUAUGUGCUCAAUCAUAUUUCUGGGUAAAAUGAACAUUUACAUAAUAUUUGUAUAAAUAUUAUUUAUUUUAAAAAUAUUGUGUAAC